AUGUCGCAAAAGAAGCCCAACCGCAGACUCCUACACCGGAUCAUUGAGGCAGCCUUAGAUCGCGAAGAAGCGGGCUACCCGCCCAUGGCUGCCCACGCAGCGGCGGCUAUGGGCGCGCAAAAUGGUGGAUAUGGACAAGAUAUGCCAGCAGGCCCACCAAAGCGAGUGACUACAACACAGAUGGAAUCUCUCAUUCCAAUCAACGACAAGCUCCUCGUCUUCCGCGCCUUGACCGGUAUCGACAGUGUCCCUGCACUCACACAGCAGGGCCACCUCCUGCGGAGUGCACCCAAUGUCGGUAUCUAUACCCGUGUUAUCACAAAUGAAACCAAGGCUCAGCGCGCCUACAAAAUCUUCAACUUCCUCAUCAACACCUGUCUCGGCGUUCAAGUCGUCGUUGCCGCUGCAGUGACUGCACUUGGCGCAGCCAGCGGCCCACACUCUGCUGUCACCGCGUUCGGUGCGAUCAACACGAUUAUGGCCGGUGUCUUGACCUACCUCCGGGGUUCAGGACUCCCAGACCGUCUCAAGAACUACCAAAACCAAUGGAAGAAUAUCCGAGAGUACAUUGAGCAACGCGAGCGAGAGUUCUGUUUGGUCAGCUGUGAUCUAGACGUACAAGAAGAAGUCUUCAUCGUCGAAAGCAUGUACCAAAGCGUCAAAUCAGAAAUGGAGACUACAAAGAGCACCGAAAGCAAGAACCAGCAACCAGACGAUCCACGCAUCCGUCGCUCUGUCUUGCCACCCUCACAUGAUCAGUCGUACAGAGGAUCUACGCAGCCAGGACGCGCAGACACGACCCUAAAUUACGAUCCAUCUUGCCAGAGACAACAUACUGAGCCUGGGCCAGUCAGCCCAAUCGCCACUCCGGAGCCAGCAUUGGAGAAAGAGAAACAGUGA